AUUUUUUUUUACAUUACUUGCACCUAUAUUUGUGAAAUAUGAAGUGGAUCAUCGUUGUCUGCCUCUUUGGUCUAGCCCUGUCUAAACCGCAAUAUGAGCCCAUAAAUUUAUACUACCAUGAGACGACUGGUAUUCCGAUGGCGGCUGCGAUUAAGAGAAGUGAAGAAUCUUCUGAUUUCAGUGGUAAUAGAAUCAUUGGAGGAUCGCCAGCCACUUUGAUGGAUAACCCUUGGUUUGGCGGUCUACUCAUUACCUUAAGGUGGUCCAGCUUGGUCUCAGUCUGCGGGUCUUCGUUGCUGUCAAACACCAAAGUUCUCACGGCAGCUCAUUGCUGGUUCGAUGGCCGGGACACUGCUAGUUUUGCUAUUGUGGUUUUGGGUUCACAAAAACUUUUCUCUGGCGGACUUAGGAUAUCCACUAUGGGUUCUUUGGUGUUCCCCAGCUUCAAUCCCAUUAACUUGCACAACGAUAUCGCAAUAUUGACCAUCCCAUUUACUGAAUACACCCUUCACGUCAGAAACAUCGCAUUGCCAUCGGGUGAUGCGCUAAACAGCCACUUCACUGGUGCCAUUGGCAGAAUUGCUGGAUAUGGACGACAAAGUGAUCUUUCUGGUAUUUCAAUGGAUCAACAACUACAUCAAGUAAAUCUCACAGUAGUUUCCAAUGAGUACUGCCAAUAUUACUUCUCGCCGUCAAUUGUAGUGAACACAACACUAUGCACCCACGACAUAGGCAGGAGCACGUGUGGUGGUGACUCUGGUGGUGGAUUGGUCACUAACAAUACGUUGAUCGGUGUUGCGUCCUUCGUUUCUGCUGCGGGCUGUCAGCGCAACUUCGCCGUCGGUUUCACCAGAGUAACCGGCUACGUAAAUUGGAUAAACUCUAACCUUUAAAACGUCUGGAAUUUUUCUUUGACUGAUGUUUAAAAACCUUCAAAUAAAUAUCUAAACAGACUUUAAUAUAGUUUAAGUUAGUGGCAGUAGAGCUAAUUGUUAAAGUGUUUGUCCAGGGAAGCACUGCCACCUUACCUAUUUCUGCCGCCAAGCAGUAAUGUCAGCAUUAUUGUGUUCUGGGUGCUGGUGAAAUUACAGACACAUGGGACUUAUCAACUUAUGUCUCAGGGUGACGAGCGCAGUGACAGUGCCCCUCAGAUCUUUGCUAUUUAAAGCUCUGAGUGGCACUGCACUGUUAGGGACUGUCCUAUCUCUUUUACCUAUCGUUUGUGCUACUACAGUUUUUCCGUCAGCACUUGUAUGUACUUAUUCACGAGUUCACGGCUCUCGAGUCUUUCGCUUGCUUGCGUGACCGGGUUCGCGCAUACGCUAACAUCUGUCACGAACGCGCUGGUGGGACUGUUCACGAGUCGCACGAGGCGAUUUUUUUGCGUUGCGUGAGUUUGAUAUCUAGCAAGCUUGAUAUUUCUACGCAAGCAACAAAUUACGUUUGCGGAGGACAGCACCACUGGUCAAUCACAGAGCAGCAGCCGCUUCAAGAGCUUCGAAACAACUCCAACAAAGGCAAGGUGCCGCGCAUGCGCGCAUGUUUCUUCGCAACGCAAAGCGGAAGACUCUUUGAUUUUCAUUCACUGGGUUCGCGGUGACUUAAUGGGCCGCAAAGUAACGCCUGAAUCUAUUAAUUACUCAUAUAAAG